GGAGAAGGAUAAUUCACGCAACUUUUCUGCACCUCUCAAUGGCUUCUACAUUUUUCUUCUUCAUCUCCAUACUUCACUGCAACCCUCCUUUUCUGUAAAAUCAUCAAAAUUCAAGCUUUGCAAACCAACUUCUUCACGACCCCCAACCUUCUUUUUCUCCUCUUUAACAAAGACACAACUACACCACAGCAUCACGCAAGAAACCCAUACAGACAUGGAGACCAGCUCCACCAUCAACGAGAGAUGGAAUCUCUGUGCAAUUGCAAGCUUCAUGGGUUGCCUCAUUAUGCUGGCGGGUCUCAAGCAGAUGCAGAGCCAUGACGGCAUAACCCUCUCCUCUUUCCAGAACUUAACCAUAUUCGCUGCUUCCUCAGAUGACCAGCCUUCCCCGCAAUUAAAGCUCACCGAAAAUGGCAGACCCACAACCCAAAUCACAGAGGAGGAGAACGUAACCAUCUCCGCAGAGUUCGCAUCCAAAUCAUUGAACUUUUCGGAAAAUGGCAAACCCAGAAGCCAGGGAGAAGAGGAAAACUUUUCUGAAACUGGCGAAACCAGAAGCCAGAAAGAUGAGAAGAAGCAAUGUAACAUCUUCGAUGGGAAAUGGGUGCAUGACCCAGAGGCCAAUCCUCUGUACCAUGGCUUCCAGUGUCCAUUUCUCAGUGAUCAAGUGAGCUUCCAGAGGAAUGGGCGCCCUGACUCUGACUAUGAGAAAUGGGGUUGGGUAGCCAGAGAGUGUGAAAUUCCAAGGUUUAAUGGCACGGACAUGUUGGAGAGACUGAGAGGGAAGAGAGUGGUACUGGUUGGGGACUCCCUCAACAGAAACCAGUGGGAGUCUCUGGCUUGCCUCCUUUAUUCUGCCAUUCCUCCCUCUCGAGCUUUCGUCGAUCUGCAAAGUGGCGAUUACAAGGUCUUCAAAGCUAAGGACUAUGACUGUUCUGUGGAGUUCCAUUGGAGCCCGUUUCUGGUGCAGUUAGACGAUUCCCAAGCACAUGGGAACAGAGCUCUGAGGCUCGACAAGCUUCCAGCCUCCGCCCGUCGGUGGCGAGGUGCCUCCGUUAUGGUGUUCAACAGCGGCCACUGGUGGACGCACACCGGCAAGUCCAAAGCGUGGGACUUUUUUGAGCUCAGGGGAGCGGUGGCAGAGAUGGAGAUGGAAUCGGCUUUCGAGACGGCCAUGAACACCUGGUCCAAUUGGAUUAAUCACAAUGUGGAUCCCAACAAAACCACUGUGUUCUUCAGGAGCUUCUCGCCGGAGCACAUGGGGAAGGAUUGGUGUUUCAGAGAGACCCAACCCAUCACUGACGAGUCCCGGGUGCCGUCGGUUCCGGGGUCGGUGACCACGAAAAUCGUGGAGAGGGCGAUUGAGGCGACGAGUACGCGGGUGAGAUACUUGAACGUGACGAGGCUGUCUAAAUAUCGGCGAGACGCGCACCCGAAGGUGUACACGACGAAACAGGGGAAGCUGUUGACAAAGCGGCAGCAAAUGCAGCCGGAGUCGUAUGCGGAUUGCAGCCACUGGUGUCUCCCCGGAUUGCCGGAUACCUGGAACUCCCUACUCUAUGCGUCCUUGGUUUUGGAAGAUGAACAAAAUCAGAGUUACAGUUCUUCCCCUCUAUUGUAGUUUGAAGAGAGAAAUCUUUCCAGGAACAGACGAAUAGAUGAAAAAGAAUGAAUGAAAGAGACGAGUAGAAAUUGUAGGAGAAAAAGGUCGGGUCUACUGCAUAAUUUGAAAAAAUAAGGACAUAAUCAUAUUUACUAACCAGCUUUUGAUGGAGUAAGGAAGUCUACACCAGCAAAAAUUAUGUGGCGGACCAGUUUUCUCAUUGCAAUGUUUCUCCAAAUAGACAAAUUAGUGGGAAAUUAUGGAGGGAAUCUUCUCCAUAUCUCUAUGUGUAUUUUUUUUUUUAUAAAACUUUAAACAUGUUAAAAAUAAAUUCCCUUUUCAUGCCUCUA